CCGGACGCAGUUUUGUGGUUCAGUCCAAGCACAUGCAACACGGUUUAAACGCUGCCUUUUGCCAACUCCUAAUCAAUUGUUAACUUUGGUGCUAGGCUGCACGUAUUCAACUUUUAUUGCAACCAUACUAACUGAAAGUAAACUGUUUGUUUACCAUAGAGAUGACGUGAAAAGAGACGAGCGGCGACCCAAAGAAGAGGAUUUAGUCGAGCACUGCCCGAUGGAGACAGACUAAUGCUAGGAUCCCGCAAAAUGGCGCAUAGGAUUUGGAUAGCUUUUGUGACUGUCCUCGCUAUUCCAGGUAACCGUGGCGAUGAUGGCGAAUACACUCGACCUAUCGUGUCUCACGAAUAUCGUUUGCUCCAGCAUUUGAUGGCGAAUUACGACCGUUCGGUGCGUCCUUCACGAAACGCCGUCGAACCAUUAAACAUAACAUUUGGAUUGGCUCUGACUCAAAUCAUCGACGUGGACGAGCGGAAUCAAAUUCUGACGACGAAUUGCUGGAUGAACCAGAUGUGGACCGAUUACAGCCUCGUUUGGAACGUCUCCGAUUUCGGCGGUAUACGAGUCGUCCGUAUUCCGGCGGACAAAGUGUGGAAGUCGGAUAUCAUCCUGUAUAACAACGCCGACUCCGAAUACAACUCGGCUUUAUUGUCAACAAACGUAAUCGUUACCCACGAUGGUAAUCUCACGUGGCUCUCUUCUGCCAUUUUUAAAUCGUCUUGCGGUAUCAAUGUUGAAUACUUCCCAUUCGACGAGCAAAAAUGUUCCAUGAAGUUCUCUAGCUGGACAUAUGAUGGCUUGCAGGUGAAUCUAUUGAACCAAGCUGAAGAAGGCGAUCUGUCCAACUACGUACCUAAUGGUGAAUGGGAUCUCAUUGAUUUAGUGGUGGAGAGAAACGUGGUCUUCUAUUCCUGUUGCGAGGAACCCUAUCCGGAUAUCACGUUUCACAUUGUUCUACGGCGUAGGCCCCUCUUUUACGUAUUCAAUUUGAUCCUGCCGUGCGUGUUGAUAACGGGCAUCGCUCUAAUGUCGUUCUAUAUGCCCUCCGAUUCUGGCGAGAAGGUGACGCUCGGCAUCACAACACUUCUCUCCAUGACAGUCUUUCUUAUGGUUAUCGGUGAGAGUAUGCCACCGACGUCGGAAAAGCUUCCUCUUAUAGGGUUAUAUUACGGUGUGACCAUCAGCCUCGUCUCGUUCGCCACCGGCUUGUCUGUAGUGACGCUCAACAUUCACCACAGAGGGAUGCGUGGUAGGGGAGUGCCUCCAAUGGUGAAAAAAAUCGUUUUCGGUGUUUUGGCUAAAUUGCUCUUCAUUCAGCUAGACAUCGCAGAAGGAUGCUCGUGUAGCACCAAAGCCAAGGAAUUCCAGCAAAACAAUCAGUUCGAAAUGAACGAACGAUUCAAUGUUGAUGUCGGUGACAGCUUGAAGAACGAAAGCAACGGUAGUUUGCCACACCGACUGGUUGUUGUUUUUGUUGCUGCUGCUUGUUUGCAUUUCCGGGGAUCAAGCUUUGGCGCCAACUCCGGUUUGAUAAACAGUGCAACAUCCAACAUUGGGCCAACCGACAGUUUCGAGAGACAAUUCUUGCGAGUGCUCAACAAAGUGUACCAACACAUCGAACGCAGUGAGGCUAGAUUGGCUGACCAAGAUCGUAAGGAUGUCAUUAAGCUUGAGUGGCAGCAAGUAGCCCUAGUCAUUGAUAGAUUCCUGCUUUGGAUAUUCAUAAUUGCGACGGUGGCGGCUACGUUUGGCAUUCUCUACAUGUCGCCUCACUCGAGACUCUUUAGUAUGUAAUUAAUGACCAGAGUAAUUGCAACACGAUGACGUAUAGUUAAAAAUAAAAAAGUACAGAGUACGCAGACGUAACGAGUCGAAAUAACGUAAUAAAUGGAUUUAUUUCUGUUUAUAUUCAUCUAAUCAAACUUUUAGUGGAAUUGUACAGCUUAUAUAUUGACCAGUAAUUAUCGUUUAUCAGCAACACUAGCU